GAGAGAGGAGACUGUGACAUUAUUGUUUCUAUUACAAAUCUGGCUUCCUCUGCAGCUCUAAUGGAAGCAAGCGGCAGAGCGGUGGUGCAGGUGUUGUUAUUGGCGUUGGUGGUUCAGGUCACCCUGUCCCAGCACUGGUCCUAUGGAUGGCUACCAGGUGGAAAGAGAAGUGUGGGAGAGCUGGAGGCAACCAUCAGGAUGAUGGGUACAGGAGGAGUGGUGUCUCUUCCCGAAGAGGCGAGUGCCCAGACCCAAGAGAGACUUAGACCAUACAAUGCAAUUAAUGAUGAUUACAGCCAUUUUGACCGAAAGAGAAGGUUCCCUAAUAAUUGAAGAGCUACAAAAAAAAAAAAAUCUAUUUGCAUCAUCGUCAACACCAGUGAUGGAUCGCAGGACUUCAACGAAUCACCAUAUUUAUUGCACAGAUCGUUACAUGUAUGUCUGUAACAUUUAACAUUAUCAAAAUUGUAAUAAAGUUUUUGAAAUCUGA